AUGUCAUUUGCCGACACGGAGUCUUACAUGUACCUCACGAGGGAAGUUGAAGAAUCGACACAGAGCCCUAUGAUUCCAAAUGUACCACAGUUCAACGACAAGGAUGAAUUGGAGAUUGCGCGUUACCUGGACUCCAAACUACACAGGUCUCGAGUGUCUUUGGACAUUGGUGUUCAGACAGAUUCUUCCAAAGAGUCUCAAAAAGCCAGCUCCAAACAGCAAGUCUUUAGCAGCCCAGUUCCAGAGAAGGCUUGGAACCCUAUCAUGCAAUCGACGCCUGCUCAUAUGAGCUCAAGAGGUGUCCAGCCAAAGGACAUUUUGAAAGCUAAGCUGUCCAAACUGGCACAGAGUGUUGAACUGGCUCAUGAUUCUGAAUCAAGCUCUGGAGACGAGGAACACGAUGAAGACCAAGAGAGAGGUGUACUGGGAUCCAAGGACUCAAGCUACCAUGACGAUACACCAUCGAAACCACAAGCAAAAAGGAAUACGAGUUUAAAAGAAGAUAAGGGAAUAGGAUUGAGCCCUAAAAGGAGUGCCGAGUUGGAACAACUGGCAAAGUUGAAGGAGUUCCUAAACUCCUCCACGAAUGGAUCUAAAGUAUUGAAAAGCAUCGUCAACGGUGAACCUGUAAAGCACUGGCGAAUCGUUGACGAUAGUGAGUUGGAAUCCAAUGCAAAGAAGGUGAAAGAUUUAGAAGAGGAAAUCAAGUCACUGCGGAAACAGAACGACGAUUUGAAAGAAGAGACCACGAUAAUCAAAAGCACCAAUAUAAGCUUGAAAGAGAUGGUUGAACUUAAGGACAAGUCCAUUGCCGAGAGCAGAGACAACGUAAGGGAGCUUGAAAAUUCCAUAGCAGAGAUCAACGCCUCCAUGGAAUCCGAGAUAUCCAAGUACGUUGGCGAUACAAGUGAAAAGAUCUCGCCGUUGAAAUUCCCUGAGCUCAGCACCACGGAUUCGAACGGCAUAUCACUAUAUGAUGGGCUUAACCUAUGUGAAGUGGAUAACCUUACCAUGGUUGAGUCACAGAACUUGCUAAAGAACAUCUUGAUCAAUUUGAACAUCCCAUUCUCCAGAGUGAAGGAACUGGUCCCACAGUUGAUGCUAAGGCUUACACACGAGGAAAUCCUCGUGGAUUUCACGAGAAAGCUCCAUACGGUUCUCUAUGAUCAAGGAAUGGACAUCACAAGGUAUCUCAACGAAACAGGUAAUACCGGUCUCGUGCGGUGUACUUCGGAGAUGUUGAAGAACGUUGAGCUGGUUUACGCUGUUCUUGAGAAGAAAUGA